GGCUGUCAUUCGUCCAAAGCGAGCCAGCCGGUGCGAUCGUGGCGCUGACGGAGUGGAGCAGCGAGAUCCGCAUGUAAAUGAACACCUCCACCUCCGUGUUCCUGUCACCUGAUGAUCUAGCGGGGCAAAUUGACUACCCCGACCCCCCUCAUCGGCGAGUUGACCUCAAACGUCUUGUGUGGAGAUAAAAGAAAAGGUUAAACUGCACUUACUUUGGAGCAAACGCCGUCCGCUAAUCGCUGCCGUGUGGCGCCGCCGUUUCUCGCUACAACACGAAGAAUGCCUCUCUGCCGACCCCUGCUGACCAUGCGGAGUGUGUGUGCGGUGGUCCUGGCCCUCGCCGCUGCCGCCCUCAGCUUGGCGGACUCAGACAUGCACAGACCGAGACAUGACUCCAACUUGGAGAUCUACAAGCGGCUGUUUGAGACCAAGAGGAAAGAUCAGCUGAAUGCUCUCAAGAAUCUGGUAGAGCUGAACGACAUCAAUCAGCAGUACAAGAUCAUAGACAUCAUGCUCAAAGGACUCUUCAAGGUGUUGGAGGACUCGAGACAAAUCCUGGUUGCAGCCAACAUGCAGCCUGAUGACCCUUUCCCAAUGGACGAUAAGAUCAAAGAAGCUUAUUCCCAUGUGGUGGAGAAUACUGCAUUUUUUGGCGACGUGGCGCUGCGUUUCCCCCGUAUUGUCCACCACUACUACGAUCGGAACCCUGACUGGGGCGGUCUGCUGCGCUGGGGACUGAAAUUCUGUAACCAGACAGGGGUUUUCACAGGAGGAGCCCACCAACACGUCCUCACACUCAUGUCACAGGAGCUGGGGAUAACAGAGAAAACCCCAGACUUUACAAACCCGUACCGCACGGAGAGAGAUGAUGUGCUUCACACUGCAGAGGCUUUCCAGAAGAUCCUGAGGGAGGAGGAGAAGAGGAGGAGGAAAGAAGAGAAGAGGAAAGAAAUCAGGAAGGGCCCUCGCAUCUCCCGCUCCCGUACGGAGCUAUAGCGCUGCACCUCCAGCGCUUGUGGAGAGCAGAGAAGAGGGGACGAAGGAGCAUACGCACAGUCCACAAGGGGUGGCUUGACUUGUAGACUCCGAUGACAGUGAAGGAAAUAAAAGCGGUCAUCACUUGUGCAAAAGCCAGGUGCUCUAUUGAAAAUAAGAGAGGAACCUUCAAAGAGGUACAAAAAAGUAAAGUGUAAGUGGAGGUUGGUCAGUUUCUGACAAAGGCCUGAAUUGCUAUACAACUACGGUGAUGUACAAUUGAAAAAUCUAACGUUGUAGAAGAGGUAAAAGACGUCUCUGGAACAGGAGUUGAUAAGGGAAACCCAUUUUUGAUAACUUGAGGACAACAUAACCGUACUUUGGAAUAUAAUUAAUUUUAGUAUAACAAAUUUGCUUCAAACUUUGCAAAACCCCAAUGUGUUGUGUCUCAUCUAGAUUUAAUGUGUCAUAUGCGACGUGUGGUUACCAAAUAUAAAUUUGAAUUUCUCACCUCAUUAAAUUCGGCUUCUCUGUUUCUUUUCCUUGAACUAAGAUUUGUAUGCAAGAUUGGUAGAGGGAUGUUUAUGAAUAAGCAGAUUUGUGUUCUCAUUGCUGCUCAAUGUUUUAAGGACGCAUUUUAUGUUUUGUUUGCCUCAACAACAGUAUAAUGGUAUAUAUUCUUUUUUCACCACGAGAGGUGAUCAUCAGUGUAUUUUCCUUUUAGAUGUUUUGCAAUCUCUUUGAAACCCUUUAGUCAUUCUUGUUACAUCAAUCUCUGUAGUUGUUUCACUUUAAUUGACCCUUGAUUAAAAAUAAUUAUUUUAUUCUGUUGGAAAAAUCCAUCAAUCAGAACUCUUCAUGUUGUAGCCCUGCACCUGUUUCUGUCUUUUUCUCUUUAUAUUUGCUGGAAAUUGACAUAUUUUAAUGGUUUAGAUCUAAGGAAUUGAGAUUGAUGUAAUUUUGAAAUAGUAUUAAGACUGUUAUAAUACUGUAUGUAUAUUCAGAGGAAGAAUACCAUUGCUGCAGAAUGAACAAGCCAUUUUGUUGAAAUAAUAAAUUUAAUGAAAUAAAGUGACUCUGAUAUGUACAAAAA